GUACGGUGCACCCUACCUUGCCGAUCUUUGUGCACGAAACGAUGAUAGCUAUUGCAAAUUUUCGCUCCAUGCUAGUAGCACACACAUUAUGAAAAUUUCAGUCCCAUGCAUGUCCGCUUCUCAGAAUCUAUCAAUGUCCAAGGGCCGGCCUCGAGUACCACGUGGUAGCUAGCUAGCUGCACGUACAACUUUCCAUGUGUCCCACGUCAUAUAUUCCUAUAAAGUGGAGCACACGAGAAAUGCUUAUUACUCCUCCAUGACCCGCCGAGCGAACCAGUUGCAUAUAUUCGCAGUGCAGUGGCGUUCGAACACAGAGGAUCGCAGGACGAGUCUCACCGUGUCGUAAAGAAAAGUCGCAUUCCUUCCUUCCUGCCCGGCGCGGCGGCGACCAGCCAUGACUUCUUCUUCCAAGGUAGCCAACAGCUCCGGCGGCGCCGACGACGAUCUUAAUCAGAAGCUUUUGUCCCCGUCGGGGCUCCCCGUGCGCGACGAGAUCCCGGGCGGCUACGGGGUGCCCUUCUUCUCCCCGCUGCGGGACCGCCUGGACUACUACUACUUCCAGGGCGCCGAGGAGUACUUCCGCUCCCGCAUCGCCCGGCACGACGGCGCCACCGUGCUGCGCGUCAACAUGCCCCCCGGGCCCUUCAUCACGGGCUCCGGCGGAUCCCGCGUCGUGGCGCUCCUCGACGCCCGCAGCUACUCGGUGCUCCUGGACGACGCCAGGGUCGACAAGACCGACACCCUCGACGGCACCUUCGUGCCGCCGCUGGCGCUCUUCGGCGGCCACCGCCCCAUGGCCUUCCUCGACGCCGCCGACCCGCGCCACGCCGCGCUCAAGCGCGUCGGCAUCCGCCUCGCCGCGGCGCGCAUGCACCACGUGGCUCCCGCCUUCCAUGCCUCCUUCGGCGCCAUCUUCGACGCCGUGGACGCCGCCGAUGUUGGCUCAGGACGCGGCGUGCAGUUCAACAAGCUGAACGAGCACCACAUGUUCGACUUCACCUGCGCGGCGCUCUUCGGGGGAAAGCCGCCGAGCCAGGCCAUGGGGGACGGCGCCGUGUCGAAAGCCAUCAAGUGGCUGGCCCUGCAGCUCCACCCGCUGGCCAGCAAGAUCAUCAGGCCAUGGCCGCUGGAGGACCUUCUCCUCCACACCUUCCGCCUGCCGCCCUUCCUCGUCCGCCGCGACUACGCGGCGCUCACCGCCUACUUCUCCUCCGCCGCCUCCGCCGUCCUCGACGACGCCGAAAACAAGUCCCUCCAACAACAGUGCGGCGUGACCCGCGACGAGCUGCUCCACAACCUGAUAUUCCUGGCCAUCUUCAACGCCUACGGCGGGUUCAAGAUCUUCCUCCCGCACAUCAUCAAAUGGCUCGCCCGCGCCGGGCCGACGCUCCACGCGAAACUCGCCGCCGAGGUGCGCGCCGCCGCGCCCCACGACAGGGAAGAAACAAUCACGGUGCAGUGUGUCGAGAAGUCGAUGCCGCUGGUGAAGUCCGUGGUGUGGGAGUCGCUGCGGAUGAACCCGCCCGUGGAGUUCCAGUACGCGCGGGCGAGGGAGGACAUGGUGGUGGAGAGCCACGACGCGGCGUACAAAGUGCGCAAGGGGGAGAUGCUCUUCGGGUACCAGUCCCUGGCCACCCGGGACCCGCGCGUCUUCGGCGCCCGCGCCGGGGAGUUCGUCGCCGACAGGUUCGUCGGGGACGAGAAGCUGCUGGGGAGCGUGGUGUGGUCGAACGGGCCGGAGAACGGGGUGGCGGCGGAGGGGAACAAGCAGUGUCCCGGGAAGGACAUGGUGGUGGCCGUCGGGAGGCUCUUGGUGGCGGAGCUGUUUAGGAGGUACGACACGUUCGAGGCCGAGGUGAAGGAGAUGCCGCUCGAGCCGUUCGUCACCUUCACGUCCAUGACCAAGGCCAAGGCCAAGGCCGCCGGGACGUCAGAGUGAGGAGAGAUUACUGCCAUGUUUGUUUAAGCGUACUCGUAAUAAUUGGCGGCACUGGCGGAUGUUUGUUUGUUUGGUUUGUUUGCCUGUGUGGCCAAAAUGUGGUCAAAUGUGCAUGGAUUGGAUUGAGGACGUUGUUUUUUUCUUGGUCUA